GGGUGGCGCCAGCGGGGGGACCGGGGGCCAGGCCCGCCCCCGUUGGAAGGUCCCCGCCCCACCCCAUCGGGGAGAAAAACCACAAUUCGUCGGGGAGAGAAAAAAAAUUAUAUGUAUUUUGUACAUAUUAUUAGUCGUUGGUAGUUCAAAACUGAUUACUCCCGAUCGCAAUCAACAAACGCAUUCAGACCCCACCCGAUUCUACCUAAUAGAUCCGAUAAGUAUCAGUUUCGGUGAAAUCACAAUUCAUGAUGCCGUCACCAAACCUGAUUAGGUGAUUCUGAUCAGAUGAUUGCUGACUGGUGCUCUCGCCAAUAUAGAAGUGUAUUAGUAUUUGUCACCGAAACUGAUCACUUGGGUAGAAUCGGCUGUUCAGACCAACACAAAUUUCACAUUCUAGGACCUAGGCCUCCGGUGGAUAUGCCUAUGUUGACUGACCUCAGCCAAACAGUGCCUGUGGAAUUCGUUGGUUGUGGAUUCGUUGCGAUCAGGAGAAUCGGUUCAGUACAACAAAUCUUCUGAUCUUAAAUCAGUGUUUCAUCGACCUUUUCGCAUCUUUGAUGUCACUCUGUCUUUUUCUUGAUCCACACUUGAUGACUAGGCUCCCAGAAUCAAAUGUUGCAGCAGAAUUCAUUUGUAAGUUCUGGUCAAGCAAGUACAUAUUCUGGUCAACUACAUAUGGCUCAACAGCUAAUCUUGUGGUACUUACAUUUGAUCGUUACUUUGCCGUAAUAUAUCAUCUAAAAUACAAUAUAUUCAAGGAAAAGUUAAGGAUGAAAGUAUUACUAUUGCUGAUUCCCUGGAUAUGUGGGUUUGGGUUUAUCUUCAUGUGGCUAAUGGUACACACUGUGAAGAAUGGAGAAUGUAUCCAGAUAUGGCCAAGUGUUGGUUAUCAGAAAACGUUUGGUUUAUUGUGUGGUGUUUAUAUCCUUGUCAUUCCUAUCAGUGUAAUGCUGUUUGUUUACUUCAACAUUUUUCGCGCGCUCAGAAGACGAGUUGGAGAUGGUUCAUCUGCAGUGAGUGAUAACAGUGCGGCCAGACGGCUGAAUAUCAUUAAGACAAUGCUGAUAGUCGGUGUGACAUACGUUAUAUGUUGGACUCCAAACGAAAUGGUUUUUAUCAACUUUACAUUGGGUGGCGCGUUUUAUUUCAACGGACCAAGUUACUACAUCACAGUCGCAUUGGCUCUGUGUAACAUCUGUAUAAAUCCAAUAAUAUAUACGUUCAAGUAUCAAGACUUUCAAAAAGGUAUGCAAAAAACUGUACCAUGUUUUAAGCGUAUAUAUUCUCUGCCAUGUCUUAAGUCUGAAUCCAUAUCAAAUAAUGCUGUUCAACUUGGAACUGUGUCUACAAAUGUAGUGCCAUAAUUCUAAAUAUCUUGUUAGCAGGUGAAGGAGUCGCCACGUUCGCUGUGGAGACAUGAUAGCAUUUAAUCGCGUUUCCUAAGUUCCUUCUGCGUAUCCCCUGAUGACAGAACAACUUAAGAAAGAAAACUUCAUAGUACCAGCUAAUUGUUUAGUAACCACAGAUGCGUUUGUCCUACUUUGAUGCCUCCCAUAAUCUAUAAAAUCUAAUAAAAGGAAAACAAAUUGUGUCAUCAUGAUACAGUAUAUCUAACUGUUGUCAUCAUUAACAAAAAAUCAGAGACUUCUUUUUUUUUUAUCGUCAACCUAUCAUCUAGAAAUUACCUGUGUUGGAUUAAUUACGCUCACGUAGAGAAUGAAAAACAGAACUUUCAUUAGAAAACGUUAUCGUCACAAAUUAGGAGACAAGUGUAGACCGUUUAGAACAUUGUCUUCAAACAAUUUAAAAUACUCAAACCUGAUCUGUUUAAGAACCAUCAAUGGUAGCAUUGCAUGAAUUACAGCAAUCCAUACAAUUUGCUACGGGCCAAGACAAACAUUUUUAAAGUUCUUGGGUUUUCUGUAUACAGAAGUCUGCAACUCCCACUUGAUAAAUUCUCCUGUGAGAGUAACAUUUUGGUCUCACCACAGGUGUAAGGAAAACAAGCAUUUUACAGUUUAACAUAAUAGGACAAUGUAAUUUUACAGUCGGUAAUUUUUCGCUUGAAACUAUUAGUAACUUUCUUUUUUAUCUUGGAUCAAUAGUUACUAAUAACCACUCUCUGGUACCGUAGUAAACUAAACAUACUGAUGGGAAAGCGUCUACCACCCUUAGCCUGAUGUCUUUGUGUGCUUGGGAGGACAGAAAUACGUGGCUGUCAAGAUCAAAGUAUAUAUGGCGUGUGUCGUUAGUGUCCUUUUGUAUGGACCAGAAUCAUGGACAGCAAUAUGAUAGGCAAGAACAAAAACUAAAAGGCACCUCCGUUGCCUGUGGACUAUCUUGAAUAUCGGCUGGCACGACAGAGUAACAAAUAACAGCUUGAUAGGUGUGGCAUUCCUUCAAUGUUUAGCCUAUAUUAAUUCGACAGCAGAGACUACGAUGGCUAGGCCACACCAGGAGGAUGGAUGAUACAAAAAUCUUCAAGAAUCUAUUGUAUAGUAAACUUGCAAACGACAAAAGAUCCAAAUGGCGUCCUUUUUUGCGAUUUAAAGAUGUAUGCAAAAGAUAUACGAAGCCACAUAUGAAGACACGCCCCCCACAUGUUUUUUAAGGGAGCUGGUCUCCCACUUUUUGACCUCAAUGUACUUGCAUAGGUCAUGUAGAUGCCUGCCAAUUGUUGACAUGAACUGCAUAAAUGAAUCAGGUUUUAUCGAAAUAGCGCAACACUACCAACUCGUAUCUUGUAGAAAGAUAUCUCUGCCUACAAACAUCUGAAUCACCUAUAAUACACGACUCAAGUGUGCGUUCCUUUAUUAUAAUUUGAGAAAUAUGAGAAAAAGCGUGUAAUAAUAAGAUUUGUUUUCGGCAUAUUCACGUGGCUUUAAAGUAGGUAAAGUAAAGUAAAUACAUCAAAGGCAAUUUUUUUUUUAAGUUUUAUUUUUUAUUUUAUAUAUAAGAGUAUCAUUUCCGGUCAUCAAGAGGUAUUAUUUCCACAAAUGUUCACACCUCAGCCUCAACCAUAAUGACGCUGAGGUGGGUGUCUCGACUUUCGACUAUCCCCACCUUUCAAAACAGAUAAAAUAAAAUAUAUAACAAAACAAAUCCGAAGAAUUCACCGGCGUCAAAAGAUACCAGCAGGGAAUAUCAACUGCCUAGAAUUUUACCGGAAGCAGCAAUGGCACGCGGCGGCGAAAACAAAACUUCAACUGAGCAUUAACCAAAGUAAACUCACUCCACUGCUUGCCGCAACCACGCCCGCUAAAAAUCUCACUAAGCAAAAAAAAAUAAAAAAUAAAAAUUCUUCCAUUUGGUUUAUAUUGUUUUUAGAUUUGCAUUUUAAGAAUAAAUAUACUUUUCUAUUUUGUCUUUUGAUUUUACAAAAAAAAACUUAAUUAGGCUUUUCAUAAUAGGCUUUAGAUUUUUUCGACAUUGAAAAAAAAAAUAUGGUUUUACCAAUAUUGCCUAAGUAGUGUGAUUUAGAAAGCCAAAGAAAAUGUGUUGCCCCUGAAAGUGUUAAUAACAAUUGAAAUUACAGUUUAUAUAACGUUACAAAUCUGGCCACAAUUUAGAAACUAACAAACAAUCCCCAACAAAUGUUAAACUGUUUCAACCCCUCUACGGUAAUUUUACCGAUUAUUCUCUCAUUUUCUAAUCAACUUAAGAAACAUAUUCUUUAUACUGUGAAAUAUUUUUAUAAUGUAUUUUUUUUAAUUUUGAUUGAAAUGUACAUUUAUUUGCUACCUAAAAAAAAGUUUUUCCUCAAUUAAAUUAGGCCUAUCCAAAAAUGUUUUUGAAAUUGUCUUAAAGAUUUUUAUCUGUACUUUUUCUUUUCUUUCCCUUAAAAACAUAUAACUUUUAGUAUCUAAAACAACACGUAAUUGUAUCUCAAAUAAUUUGAUUUACGUGUGUGUAUUAAACAAUGUGGACAUACGACUAGAAGAAGAUAUUUAAUCACCGUGUAUACAUAGAAAGUUUGUAGGCUAGUAAA